UACAUUCUUGUCUUUCUGAAAUUUCAAUCUUAGAAGUCUCAGUGAUGCAGGCUGGGCCUUGAGGCCUUGUUUAUUGCUGUUAGUCUUCAGGGUUGAAGGCUUUGAUUUUUUACUGAUGUAGCAAGAAUAGAAAACAAAGUAUGAGGGUGUUGAAUGUGUUCAGUGAAAGUGAGGUUUACUGCAGUUAUAGGUUUUAGUUGUGGUGGUGGAAAGACAUAUUUUUGUGGUCCUAUGCAGUUAAAACUGUUCCUAUCAGCAGAGCUAUGGAUAAUUUGGAAUUUUUUUUAAAGUAUGGAAUAUAGCAAUUUGAAUGCUCUUGUUGUGCAUUAUAGUCUUCUCGUUUUUUCUACUUUGUUUGUUUAUGAAACGUUUCUUUCGUACAUUAGAAAUCCAUAGCCCUAAUUACCAUCUCAUUGACUAACUUCACAUCAAUGUCCCAAUUUUCUCUUCUCUUAAAAUGCCAAGUAUUGCAUCUUUGUAUUAAUGAUUGUCAGAUAUUUCUCAUGUCCUAACUGUACUUUGUUGCCUUUUCGUUCAUGGAUAGGUAGGAAAUUCACAAGAGUCCAGCUUUUUGAAUUCUGAAGCAAAAUCACUAUUGAAGUUUUACACACCUCAGUGUGUUUUGAGCUUUAAUUGGUAUUGAACUCUGUUCUGCUUCCUGGUAUUUUCUGCCUCUGCUGGCUCUACUUCAGGACUGGACCAUAGUCCAACAUAUCUGCUCCAAUAGUUUAGUAUAUCAUCAAAGUUAAUAUUAAGGUACUCAUCAUAGGAGUAAUAUAGAUCCAUAAUUCCCAUUAACGAACCUCCAUAGUUGAUUCAAAUAAGACUAGAUGACUGUGGAUGAAGUCGGUAGUAGCUCUGAGUGGAGCAAAGAACAGGAUAAAGCAUUUGAAAAUGCCUUGGCAAUUCAUCCUGAGGAUGCUUCAGACCGAUGGGAGAAGAUUGCGGCUGAUGUACCGGGGAAAACCUUGGAAGAGAUUAAACACCACUAUGAGCUAUUGGUUGAAGAUGUUAACCAGAUUGAAUCUGGUUGUGUGCCUUUACCAUCUUAUAAUUCUUCUCCAGAGGGCUCAACAAGCCAUGCUAGUGAUGAAGGAGCUGGCAAGAAGGGAGGCCACUCUUGGAAUAGUAACAACGAAUCUAAUCAUGGAACCAAGGCUUCAAGAUCAGAUCAGGAACGGCGAAAGGGUAUUGCAUGGACAGAGGAUGAACACAGGUUAUUCCUCCUUGGCUUGGAAAAGUAUGGAAAAGGUGACUGGCGAAGUAUAUCAAGAAACUUUGUGGUGACAAGAACACCUACACAAGUAGCAAGCCACGCCCAAAAAUACUUUAUUCGCUUGAACUCCAUGAAUAAAGACAGAAGGCGAUCCAGCAUACACGAUAUCACCAGUGUCAACAAUGGAGACGUUUCAGCACUUCAAGGACCAAUUACUGGCCAAACAAAUGGUUCUGCAGCGAAUUGUGCCGGAAAAUCAACCAAACCACCCCCUCCAACCCCAACUGCUGCCCCAGGUGUAGGAAUAUAUGCUGCUCCUACCAUUGGACAACCUAUAGGUGGACCCCUUGUAUCUGCUGUUGGCACCCCAGUGAUGAACCUUCCUCCCCCGGCACACAUAGCAUAUGGUCUUGGAGCACCAGUUCCCAGGGCAGUUGUUCCUGGAGCACCAAUGAACUUAGGUCCUGUGCCAUACCCUAUGUCACAUACAUCUGCUCAUAGAUGAAGUUCUGUUCAGAGACCUAAUGUACAAAGAGAAAACAGCGGAUUAGAGAAGGCUUAUGAAUGUAAUGUAAUUCUUUUCCUAUUCCUAUAGCUGCUUAUGUGCAAGAGUUUUAUGCUACAUCAAUUAUUUCAAAUAAGGGAUACUAAGAAGCAUUAGAAUGUAUCUGCAUCGGCUGCGAUGGAUGGAAAUAUCUGACAGCCUUGACAUACGACAGCAUGAAAGUAAGGUUGUUUUAUAGACACUUAAAUUGUUGUAGUUAGUCAUAUAAAGUGACACAUGCUGUAGAGGAAGGUUCUGUGGCUUUGAUAAGUUAUUGUUGUAUUUUGAUCACUUGGUUUCUGAUUUUCUGUAGGAUCUUCUAAAUUUCCCAUCUAGCUUCACUUAUUUUCAGGUCAGUUGCUAUGAUUGACAUGAUAUGUUAUAGCAAAUAUUUGUCCAUUCUGGCAACAUUGCCAUCAAAAUGUUUCAACUAUGAAAUAUAAAAUUCUUCCAUUGGUAGGAGUUUUUAA